AUGCAAAAUCUUACAGAAUUAUUUUUCGAAAGAUAUCGAGAUUACGUCGAGUUAUUAUUACAAGAAAUAAUACUAUUUGAGAUUUAUUUUGAUGGCUACACGAUCAUUAUACCAUGCUUGCUGGCUCUUGCAUCCACGGCCGCUGCACCAUUGGAAGCUGCGCGCAUUUUUUAUCUUGGAGUAGACAUCACGAAAAAUCAUGCAACGGCGGCCGUUUCAGAUGAUACAAUUGUACCUCUAGACAUUGACCAUGGAAAAUAA